CUUUUCCUUUUAUAGCAGUUGGAUAUAUUUGCAGCAAAACAAAGGAAUAACCCCCCAAUAUGGUGAUUAAAUGCAUUUAAGUAUAGAUAACAUUCAGUCUUGAAGGGCCUGGGAUUUUAAUCAUCUUUGGGUCAUGUAACUAGUGGUGUUGGUGAUUAAAAUCUCCUGACAGCUUUGUUCAGCCACGUUCCUCAGUUUUAAAUGAUGAUCUUCCUGGUGUUGUACCUUGGAGGGGCGUUGGUGUCAGUAGAGAGCAGAGUGGUGGUUCCCAGAGGCUGGGAAAGGACAGAGGUGAGGCCCCUGAAGGACGCUGGUCUUCCUAGUUUAGGGGUUUGGGGCUCAGCCACCUUCCUGUGUCCGUGUCAAUUAUGCCCAGGAUCAUUUUCACUCGCCCCACUUGAGUUGAGCAUUGGAGCUUCAGGAUGUGUGUGCCCACGUCACCUGGGCCGUGAUCCUGGGGUUCGGUGAGACUGAUUCCCGGGUUUACAGAAUUACUCUGGGAUUAUUGAAAACAGAAGCACUUGAGGCAUUCAGAAUGCUCUUUCCUGAAUAUAAUUUAUGUUCAGUUCUUCAGAAACAUUUAUUUGAGGAAGCAUCUAUAAUUUUUGUUUUCUGCCAUUCAGUGCUAGAAAGAAUUGUGCAACACUCAAGUGAGUGGCAUUAUUCCCCUCCCUCCACCAUGCAAGCAAGAUUAAAGGUCCCUCUGGCUCCCUUCAAUCUUCUCGUCUGCAGGGCGCCUGGCGUGGCAGUGUGCUGCCUUCCGUCUUCUUUCUGGGGAGAAUUAGUCGUCUUUGUGUGUGCCGUUCAGCUCAGCCUGGUGCGGUUGUGUGGGUGAGGAGCUUGGAUGCUAGGCCUCCCAGGCCUGCCUCCCACCUCCCUAGGCCUUGUUCUAAACUGACAGAUAACCAGUGUGUUUUGGAAGAGGGCAGCAGCAGGGCAGGAGAGAGUUUGUUCAGACUUUCUCCUUGCACUGACGUUUGAGCUUCAUCCAGCCUGGGCCCUUCUACAGAGCUGCCUUUGUGUCUUCAAACCAUUCCCUCCCAGUAACCGUGCUUUCAGAGGUUUGGAAAUUUGACUUAACUCGUCUUCAAUAUAAAGCGUACUAUUAAAUUUUAGUGUUGAAACUGAUGUAUUUUAUGGCCUUUAUUUGAUUUCUCUUGAUUUUUUUUCCCCAUAUGAGACAUGGCAUCUUAAGGGAGACAGCCUGGUGUUGGCCCCCUUUCCUAAGGAUGGAAGUGAAUUCUGAAAGCCGUUCAUGUAGGCAGCGAAAUAAUCAGGGAACCGUUAUUAUAGCUAUGCCUGUCCAUGUAAAGCGAGCACGACUCAUAAGCAGAAAAAAGUGCAGCCCGGGGGCAAGGUGAGCCCUAAUGCUGCCUGUGGAACGUAAGUGCAAGUGCAGGUGGUUGAGUUAACCUCCAAGCCCAGCCUGUGCCCCCCUCACAUCCCUCUGCAUCUACAGGGGCACAGGCCGUGCUGCCACCCCUCGCUCAGUGCCAGGGCUGAUGCGUCAGGAACAGGGGGUACUGUCCGCCCCUUUCUCGGUGCCAGGGAUGAUCUGUCAGAAUCCCUCGUGCUCAAAUGGUCCUCACAUCUUCAUCACCAGCCUCCUGCUGGUAACGGGCUUGUUAUUACCUUGGUAUGGGUAAUAGCAUACCCAUACCAACGUAUGUAACAACACACCCAUACGAAGGUGUUGUGGGGCGGUGCUCAGUCCUCCGAGGGAGGGAAUCGGCUCUUAGCCGAUUCAUAUUCAACAGGACCGGGGAAUGGGUUCUUGUUCCAUGCCCUGAAUCCCAAGAAGCCCUUGUCCUGGACCCUGUAAUGCCCGGGGUCUUCCUGAGAAAUGCUGGUGCCACUGGAGCACAGCCCGGCCCCCUCCAGUUUCUCCACUUUGUAACUGCACUUGUGUUCAGCAGGUCUUCCAGGACUUAGACGCUGCUUGAUGUGAGCCAGGUUUUGUGUGGAAAGAGGACAGGUCCGAGCCAGCAACCAAGAAGCCCAGGACCAUCUUUCAUGCUUCCAGAUUCUGUGUCCAAAAACUUACCUGUGGACAUUGAGGCUGAUGCAUUUCUGCUCCAAGACGUCUGUGGACUCAGCUGGAGGGAUGGAAAGGAUGUGGGGCCUCUUCACUCCUGGCCUGGGCUUGGACCUGCUGUGCAGCCUGUCAGUGGCACCAGGGCCCCCUUGUGUCACAGCGGUCUCGGGUUGGUGGCACUGCCUCAGGAUGUCCCAGGCUUCAUGAUGUCCAGGCUCCCCUGGCAUGGCGACCUCAGAAGUGAGGUGAACGCUGAGUUAUUCACGGGAGUCAAGAAACCACACGCAGCCCAAAGUGACGUUUGUUUCCCUGAAAUGAUUUGUGUGUGUUCACCUUAAAAUGCAACUCAGUGAAACAGACGUCCACACGGAAGCUGUCCAGGUGGCUCUGGCCAAACCCAAAGAGCAUAAGAUGGCCGGUGCCUAUGCCUUCCAAACGCAGGUCCCUGGACGUGCAGACCUCCAUGGACACCUACACCCCUCCAGAUACCUCUUCUGGCUCAGAAGACGAAGGCUCAGUGCAGGGGGACUCCCAGGGCACCCCCACCUCCAGCCAGGGCAGCAUCAACAUGGAGCACUGGAUCAGCCAGGCCAUCCACGGCUCCACCACGUCCACCACCUCCUCGUCCUCCACGCAGAGCGGGGGCAGCGGGGCUGCCCACAGGCUGGCGGACGUCAUGGCCCAGACCCACAUCGAAAAUCAUUCUGCACCUCCUGAUGUAACCACGUACACCUCAGAGCACUCCAUACAGGUGGAGAGACCACAGGGUUCUACGGGGUCCCGGACAGCGCCCAAGUACGGCAACGCCGAGCUCAUGGAGACCGGGGAUGGAGUACCAGUAAGUAGCCGGGUGUCAGCAAAAAUCCAGCAGCUUGUCAAUACCCUCAAACGACCGAAGCGACCACCUUUACGAGAAUUCUUUGUCGAUGACUUUGAAGAAUUGUUAGAAGUUCAACAACCAGAUCCAAACCAACCAAAGCCGGAGGGGGCCCAGAUGCUGGCCAUGCGCGGAGAGCAGCUGGGCGUGGUCACGAACUGGCCGCCGUCGCUGGAGGCUGCACUGCAGAGGUGGGGCACCAUCUCGCCCAAGGCGCCCUGCCUGACCACCAUGGACACCAACGGGAAGCCCCUCUACAUCCUCACUUACGGCAAGCUGUGGACGAGAAGUAUGAAGGUCGCUUACAGCAUUCUGCACAAAUUAGGCACAAAGCAGGAACCCAUGGUGCGGCCUGGAGAUAGGGUGGCUCUGGUGUUCCCCAACAACGAUCCGGCCGCCUUCAUGGCAGCUUUCUACGGUUGCCUGCUGGCCGAGGUGGUCCCCGUGCCCAUCGAGGUGCCGCUCACGAGGAAGGAUGCAGGGAGCCAGCAAAUAGGUUUCUUGCUUGGAAGCUGUGGUGUUACCGUAGCCUUGACUAGUGACGCCUGCCAUAAAGGACUUCCAAAAAGCCCAACAGGAGAGAUCCCACAGUUUAAAGGUUGGCCAAAGCUGCUGUGGUUUGUCACAGAGUCGAAACAUCUCUCCAAACCGCCCCGAGACUGGUUCCCACACAUUAAAGAUGCCAAUAACGACACUGCGUAUAUCGAGUACAAGACGUGUAAGGACGGCAGCGUGCUGGGUGUGACGGUGACGAGGACCGCGCUGCUGACACACUGCCAGGCCCUGACGCAGGCGUGCGGCUACACGGAAGCUGAAACCAUCGUGAAUGUGCUGGACUUCAAGAAAGACGUCGGGCUCUGGCAUGGCAUCCUGACAAGCGUCAUGAACAUGAUGCAUGUGAUCAGCAUCCCGUACUCGCUGAUGAAGGUGAACCCUCUCUCCUGGAUCCAGAAGGUCUGCCAGUACAAAGCAAAAGUGGCGUGUGUGAAAUCGAGGGAUAUGCAUUGGGCAUUAGUAGCACACAGAGAUCAGAGAGACAUCAACCUCUCCUCUCUGCGAAUGCUGAUUGUGGCGGACGGCGCGAACCCCUGGUCUAUUUCUUCUUGCGAUGCAUUUCUCAAUGUCUUCCAAAGUAAAGGCCUUCGACAGGAGGUCAUCUGUCCUUGCGCCAGCUCGCCAGAGGCCCUCACUGUGGCCAUCCGGAGGCCCACGGAUGACAGUAACCAGCCCCCGGGCCGGGGUGUCCUCUCCAUGCAUGGGCUGACCUACGGAGUCAUUCGUGUGGACUCAGAAGAGAAGCUCUCCGUGCUCACCGUGCAGGAUGUCGGCCUCGUGAUGCCUGGAGCCAUCAUGUGUUCAGUGAAGCCAGACGGGGUUCCUCAGCUGUGCAGAACGGAUGAGAUCGGGGAGCUGUGUGUGUGUGCAGUUGCGACGGGCACAUCCUACUAUGGCCUCUCCGGCAUGACCAAGAACACCUUUGAGGUGUUUCCCAUGACCAGCUCCGGGGCUCCAAUCAGUGAAUACCCGUUCAUAAGGACAGGCCUGCUGGGGUUCGUGGGUCCUGGGGGUCUCGUCUUCGUGGUGGGCAAGAUGGAUGGCCUCAUGGUGGUCAGCGGGCGCAGGCACAACGCCGACGACAUCGUGGCCACUGCGCUGGCCGUCGAACCCAUGAAGUUUGUCUACAGGGGAAGGAUAGCCGUGUUCUCGGUGACUGUGCUGCACGACGAGAGGAUUGUGAUCGUGGCAGAGCAGAGGCCCGACUCCACGGAGGAGGACAGCUUCCAGUGGAUGAGCCGCGUGCUGCAGGCGAUUGACAGUAUACAUCAAGUUGGAGUUUAUUGCCUGGCCUUGGUGCCAGCAAACACCCUCCCCAAAACCCCGCUUGGUGGGAUCCAUUUGUCAGAAACAAAACAGCUUUUUCUGGAGGGCUCUCUGCACCCCUGCAACGUCCUAAUGUGCCCCCACACCUGCGUCACAAACUUGCCUAAGCCUCGACAGAAGCAGCCAGAAAUCGGCCCCGCCUCUGUGAUGGUGGGGAACCUGGUCUCUGGGAAGAGAAUCGCACAGGCCAGCGGCAGAGACCUGGGUCAGAUCGAAGAUAACGACCAGGCCCGGAAGUUCCUGUUCCUCUCGGAGGUCCUGCAGUGGAGAGCACAGACCACCCCGGACCACGUCCUCUACACGCUACUCAACUGUCGGGGUGCGAUCGCGAACUCGCUGACCUGCGUGCAGCUGCACAAGAGAGCCGAGAAGAUCGCCGUGAUGCUCAUGGAGAGGGGCCACCUUCAGGACGGCGACCACGUGGCCUUGGUCUACCCCCCAGGAAUAGACCUGAUAGCAGCGUUUUAUGGUUGCCUCUACGCAGGCUGUGUGCCCAUAACCGUCCGUCCCCCGCACCCACAGAACAUCGCAACGACGUUGCCUACCGUCAAGAUGAUUGUAGAGGUGAGUCGCUCUGCCUGUCUGAUGACGACACAGCUGAUCUGUAAGUUGCUGCGGUCCAGGGAGGCGGCGGCGGCUGUAGACGUCAGGACGUGGCCCCUCAUCCUGGACACAGAUGAUUUGCCAAAGAAGCGGCCUGCCCAGAUCUGCAAACCUUGCAACCCAGACACCCUCGCAUAUCUCGACUUCAGCGUGUCCACAACUGGGAUGCUAGCUGGCGUAAAGAUGUCUCACGCAGCCACCAGUGCCUUCUGCCGUUCCAUUAAGCUGCAGUGUGAACUUUACCCCUCUAGAGAAGUGGCCAUCUGCCUGGACCCUUACUGUGGACUGGGGUUUGUCCUCUGGUGCCUCUGCAGUGUGUAUUCUGGGCACCAGUCCAUCCUGAUCCCACCCUCCGAGCUUGAAACCAACCCCGCCUUGUGGCUUCUCGCCGUGAGUCAGUACAAAGUCCGAGACACGUUUUGCUCCUACUCCGUGAUGGAGCUGUGCACCAAGGGGCUGGGCUCGCAAACAGAGUCCCUUAAGGCGCGAGGGCUGGACUUGUCCCGAGUGAGGACCUGCGUGGUCGUGGCGGAAGAGCGGCCGCGGAUCGCGCUCACACAGUCGUUCUCAAAGCUGUUUAAAGACCUGGGCCUUCACCCGCGGGCCGUCAGCACCUCGUUCGGUUGCAGGGUGAACCUGGCGAUUUGCUUGCAGCCUCACAGGCUGUGGACCCUGGCCGAGCAGGGAACCUCAGGACCUGACCCAACCACUGUCUAUGUGGACAUGAGAGCCCUGAGACAUGACAGAGUUCGCUUAGUGGAAAGAGGAUCCCCUCAUAGCCUGCCCCUGAUGGAAUCGGGAAAGAUACUUCCAGGGGUUCGGAUUAUAAUUGCCAACCCAGAAACAAAAGGACCGCUGGGGGACUCACACCUUGGAGAGAUUUGGGUUCACAGUGCCCACAAUGCCAGCGGUUAUUUUACUAUUUACGGAGAUGAAUCCCUCCAGUCGGAUCACUUCAACUCAAGACUAAGUUUUGGAGACACCCAGACCAUCUGGGCACGCACAGGCUACUUGGGGUUCCUGCGGAGAACUGAGCUCACAGAUGCAAAUGGAGAGCGCCAUGAUGCCCUCUACGUGGUCGGGGCACUGGACGAAGCCAUGGAGCUGCGGGGCAUGCGGUACCACCCGAUCGACAUUGAGACCUCGGUCAUCAGAGCCCAUAAAAGCGUUACGGAGUGUGCUGUGUUUACCUGGACAAAUUUGUUGGUGGUUGUGGUUGAGCUGGAUGGGUCGGAGCAAGAAGCCUUGGACCUGGUUCCCUUGGUGACCAACGUGGUCCUGGAGGAACACUACCUGAUCGUCGGAGUGGUGGUCGUGGUGGACAUCGGCGUCAUCCCCAUCAACUCCCGUGGGGAGAAGCAGCGCAUGCACCUGCGAGACGGGUUUUUGGCAGACCAGCUAGACCCCAUCUAUGUGGCCUACAACAUGUAGUCUUGUCUCUUGGCUUCCAUGGACUUUUCUAGAGAUGUAGACAUUGUUCUCCGUGUCCACUGAAGCGUGCAGACACAGGGCAACACUCACCAGAAUGCAGCCUUUUGUGGUGAGAGUGGAGGAGGAAGAAGAAGAGGAAGAGGACUUCUCACAGCAGCCACGAUCGGCAUGGGGGUGAAAUGUGAAUUUACCACUGAAUUUCGCUCAGAAGGACUUUGGAUUACUGCCUUCAGUUCGUUGGAAAAGCCCAUUUCAAAAACUUUCUUUUCUUUUCUUUCUUUUUUAAUUAUUGGAUAAUAAGUGCUUUCUUCGUAAAUGUGGUAUUUUGUUAAGCCGAAAUAGCAAUUAAAAAAAUAUCCUGCCCUCCAGAUGGGUUCUUUUAAACAAUUUAUGUAGUGUGACAAAGAAUUGUUUUCUUUGUUUUAAUGUGUCAUGAAAUCUUAAUGACAUGGAUCUGUUACUAAUUUAAGCCAUUGCUAGAUCUCAUCCUUUUAGGGAAGUUUGAGGUACGAGAAAACCUUCCAAAUAGCACCUUCCAAUUAGAUUAUAGCAGCUUUCUUUGUCAGAAAUGUGCUGAAGAAACAAAGGCUGAUAUAUGGCCUUUGAAGUUAGUGUAGAAUGAGAAGAAAUUAUAAAUAAGGUGUAUUUCGGCAAUUAUCUUGCAAAUAUCUUUGUACUAAACUAAAAAGAUAAAAUAAGUUAACUUCCUCAAUAUGUAAUUAUGUACAAAACGUUUAAUUUAUUUUGAUCUCUUUAGAACUAUAAAAGAGAAAAACAUUCAAGAAUAUUAAAGUCUUGUAAUGUUUGCUAAUAUAAAAAAGUGUUGUAUUAUCUUGCGUGGAUAGUAUCACAACAAAUAUAUAUAUAUGAAAUAUAAAUUCACUAAUGAACAAAGGAGAUUUUAAAGUUUAAGACGCAGAACUUGUCACUUGCAUGGUGUGCCCCCCGUACUCACAUCCACUCUGCUGUGGCCAGCAGUCACAGACCGCAGGAGCCCUGUCUAAAAGUUUCUUCUAGAACCAGAGACCAGCAAGUGAAAUUACUGCCAUCUCAAGGAUGGUGAAAGAAUUCAAAGCUCAAUGUGCACUAUUUUUUUCUUUGCUGUGGGACAACAGUGAAUGUGUUUAUGCCAGCGUGUGCUGAUGAUACUGAGGGGCUUUCGGUUGGCAAAUAGCACUGUUUUCUUAGCUGCAAGAAUUUGUUGCACAAUGUUUUUCAUCAUUUUUGUUAGUGUCAUCUUUUGUUGGUCCUUGCUGCGGAAAGGAAUGCGAUUCUGUGGUCAUUUGCACUGGGUUGCAUUGAUUCCCCCCGAUGGCCAAUGUGGAGUGGACACAGUGUCCGGAACUCACGUCGGUGGUCGUCCCCUCGUCUUAAAGCCCAGCCAGCUCUGUGUGAGCCUCUGGGGCUCCCUCAGUGAGCACAGUUCCCCGGGGGUUCAUGCCAGAGCUCUGGCUGAGGCAAGAAGUCCUCCAGCUGCGUCGUUUGCCGCCUGUGGAUGAGUGCGCCCCAGUUUCUGCCCUGGCAGCUCCUGGCCACACCUUCUCAGAGCUCACCUGUGCACUUCUAAAUUGAAUUGGCCCACGGAGUCCAACCAAGAAGGAGCAUCUGCACUCCGAGAAAGAUGUGUUCUGUACCUGCCCCAUGUGACCCUGCAGUGGCUCUCGGUGCUAGAUAUGCAUGACUAAGAUUGAUGCUGGGCAAAAUUUAGAUUAACUUUCAUUAUGUUGUGGGCAGUGUAUUUGUCUGCCUUUGCUAUAUGCAGUCAGCAGUAAGCCUUUUGCUAAAAGAGUUUUGUUUGACUUCUGAGAUCCAAGGCUGAUUGUUGUAAAAAAAAAAAAAAAAAAAGUGGCACAUUUAAAAAAAUUUGUCUGCAUAUGUGGUGCAUCCUUCCAUCUCCACAAACCAUUUGAUUCCUGAGAUAUUGUUUGGCCUCAUUGCUGUGUGUGAAUAUUUCUCCACAUGCUUCAGAUACACAUUCCUAGCCUCUGCUUCCUAAGGGGGGAACCACCACACAUCGGGGGAAAAAGACACUUUCCUAUACCCACCCCCCUUGUCUGAAGGGAAGUAGGUUUGGGGCUUCAGGUCAGACACUGACUGUGAAACAUGAGCUGCAGUGUGCAGGACAGCUUUGAGGUCCAGCUGAAGUCAGGAAGCAAAACAAAUUUAGAUGUCACUUCAAACAUAAUUUUAACUGUCACCAAAUCAACUCUAUGUUCGAGGAGUGUGGACGCUGCAGUGUAGUUGCGAGGGCAGUUAGCAGCCGUCUCUUCUGCAUCCUGUCAACUCUGAUGUUAGAGUUUAGGCUCAAAAGAGUUGGUGGACUGAGAUCAAAGUCUGGUUGUGCAAGAAGGAGGAAAGGAGACAGUACCACCAGUUUCAGCAAUAAAGAAGGGUCAUUCCGUAUUCGAAAUUGUACUGUAGAUAAAUCAUUCAUGAGAAUGUAAAAAAUGUUUGUCUUGUGACCUUGUGCUUUUGAAGUCAGACAAAACCGUGUAAUCAACUUGCACAAAAAGAGGGUACACAAUGAACAUAUAAACACAGACCUAAUCAAACAGGAGCAGAUUCCUCAUGGUGCUUGUUUAUUAUAUAUAUUUAAUCCUGCUUGACACUUUACCCAAGGGAGAUGGUCCCUUUUAUCAGUUGAAUGUUAGCAGCGUUAUUUCAGAGUGUGGUGACUGGUUAGAGAAAUUCAUGUACUCAACCAAUCACAGUUUCAAACAAAAUUUUUAUGUGCAAAGGACAGCAACCUUCUUGUAUGUUAAACCACCAGUACGCUUUGUACAUCUGUGAUAACGCCUGUUUUAUAUUCAAAUGAACAAAUAAAAGCUUUUAUUUUUGUUGCUCUGAAAA